ACAGUCGUAGGCUUAAGUGCACGUCCGGAAAAUGUCAAAGCGCGGACCGGAUCAUCCCGUCUGAGUAUCAGAAGCUCCACGCGGGGCAUCGGUAAAAGCACGUGACUGCACCGUCCACGACUGCACCGUCCACGAGGGCGCGCGGGAAAGUCGUCUUUAACAAGAAAGAAGAAUCCAUCUUCGAACCGCUAGAGGGCGCAAUUCCACUGCUGCUUUCAAGAUGGCUGCCAGUUUAGGCGGGAAACCACGGCGGCUAAAGGACGGUUUUGUCCGAGUGAGGAGGCGAGAUCUGGAGAGGUUAACCACGGAGGUGAUGCAGCUGCGGGAGUUCCUGCCCCGAGUGCUGAACGUGGAGCUGCUGGAGAUGCUGCAGGGACCGCAGACCAAGAAGGAGCCGCUGGAGCAGGAGCGCCUGCGGCUGGAGGCUCUGCACCUGAAGUCCAGGCUGGAGGUGGUGCAGACCGAGUGUCAGAGGGAGAGGGAGGAGAAGCUGCUUCUGCGGGAGCAGCUGUGGCAGAGCGGCGAGGAGCUUCAGCAGCAGGUCGACUUCUGCUCCGGGCUGGGGUCGGCCGCCUGCGGCCUGCUGUGGAGCUGCUCGGCCAAAGAGGACACGGUCACGCAGUGGCUGGUGGACGGGAAGCUGCCGUCCUUCUUGAACGUUGCGGCUCAGACUCUGGAGAGCUUCGGUAAGUCCUUAGACGAGGAGGUAAAAGACCAAUCUGAGGACUACAACUCCCAAGAGCACCAGUUUGUGCUGGCUGUGGCAGGAACCGUCACAAACGUAGCGGCUGUAGCUUGUGGGCGGGACUUCCUGUGCAGUUCUGGACGAGUCCUGUUGGACACGCUGAUGAAACUUCUGGAGCUGAUGAAGCCUGCGUUCUUCCCCAAACUGAAAGUCUUGAUGCUGAUGGCUCUGUACAACGUGAGCAUCAGCAUCAAUGGACUGAAGAUCAUCGGCGAGAACAAGGGACUCGUGCGCCUCAUCUGGACUCUGCUGAACGACGGACACUGGGAGGUCAGCCUCCACAGCCUGCGCCUCCUCCAGUCGCUGUUGCUGGAGGAGGACACCGUCCUGGUCCUGGGCCCCUCCCUGCUGGACCCAGAGCUGCACGCUCGGGUUGGCCUGCUCGCCUCCAGCGCUCAGCCCGGCCUCCGAUCCACGGCCCAGCAGACGCUGGAGGACCUGCAGGCCCUUAAGAAGGGUCAGUGAUGUGAAGACUUCUCCGUCUGCUGUUCCGGCGCCACUUCCUGUUACGGUUCCGGUUCUGUUCCACGGAACGUGUUUCUACGAAUCAACAGGAACGUUUGCUUCCUAAGCUGUUCUAACGUCACUCUUAUUGGUGUUCGUGCUUCAUGUUCACAGGCAAUAAAGAAUAUUUUUUCUACACAAA